UUAUUGUUGUAUUUCAACACAUUAUUUCUUUGACCAAACAUGUAUUAUAAAUAAACAUAACACACGAGCACAUUCAUAUCCAAUCAAAAAAAGUUAGAAUUAAACAAUGAAUCAAAUGAAUUGGUGUGAAUUAGAAGCAUCAAGAGUAAGGUGCAAAGAGCAUCCAAAUGAUAAACAAUUACCAGGUGUUUGUUCUUCUUGUUUAAGAGAUAAACUUUCACAGCUAUAUACUAAGAACCCUAUUGAAUCUCUUUACUAUUGUUCUCCUUCUUCACCUGCUACUCCUCAAGCUAUUGAUGAUGGUUCAACAAAUCAUGGAUCUUCGCGUAGUAGACGCUUUCGUCGGAAUGCUUCACAUGCGACCGGUUCGGCUUCUUGCAUGAUAAGUUUUAAUCAUGCUUUGAAUUUGAAGAAGAGUAAGUCGCUUGCUGUUGUUUCGAGGAAUCGAGUUAGAGAUAGGGAUGUUGUUGGUGGUGGUAGGGGAAGAAAGAAAGAUGGCUUUUGGUCCAAGGUACUAAAACUAAGGAGAAAGGAUACAGAGGAAACUGUGGUGAAUUCAAGGACAUGAAGGUGGAUAUGAUGUAUAUGGUUACAUAUGCAGAUGUAUCAUAUUUUGUUUGAUGAUUCAUUGUGGAUCGUAUUAGAAAUUCCAGUUUUUUUUGUUUAGGUUAUUGAAUUGUAUACUAUGUUAUUGUUUUUAUUUUAUCCAUCAACAUAAAUGGCAAAAUCUUAAGCCACUAGGUUAGGUUCGA